AUGGAUACUGAAAGUCCUAACCGUCCAAGUUACCCAGCAAGACCAGCUGGAACACCCUUUGCUGCUCCACAGUCGACAAAGGCAGUACCUUUUUCAGCAUCGGGGCCUGUGACAGGACAAGCAGCAUCUCCCUUUAGGCCCACACCUCCUAUGUCCUCUCAGUUUCCGGCACCUUCUUUUUCAGGUGGGCCUUUGGUUGGAUCAGAGGCAAAUGCCUUUAGGCCCCCACUUACUCCAGGAUUUCAGCGUUUCCCGACUCCUCCAGUCAUGUCAACUGGUCAAGUGCCACCUCCUCCACGUCCCUCCUCUACGAGUCAGCCCAUUGGCUCUCCUUCCGCUAGAGCUCCUCCGGUUCCGGUCUGUUUCCCUUCACAACUUCAACCCCCUCCAGUUCCCAUUGGUACUCCACCUCAAAGCAUGAAAAUAGGACAACCCAACAUGAAUGUUCCCUUGCCUGCAGAUCAACACUCUCCGCUCACAAGGCCGAAUGCCCAACUUCCCCAGUCUUCUUCUCGGCCAGUGGGGCCAUCUUAUGCAGCUGCCACCACGGGUACCUUCCAACCGGCUUUUCCUGGGUAUGCUAAGACACAACCAGAUUCUGUCGCUCAAGCUCCACCUAUGCGGCCAGGUAACUUUCCCGUGCAACAGGGAGGCUUUGCUCCACCAGCACCUCCAACUCCUUUUCAGGGUCAACAAAGAGGGUAUGUUCCCGGUCCUCCAAUUGCAGCUCCAUCAGGGCUUUAUUCUGGGAACCAAAUUCAUCAACAUGGCCUUGGACCACCAAGCACAACUCCACAGGCACUUGCAGAAGAUUUUAGUUCACUCUCUCUUGGAUCCGUACCAGGAUCGUUUGAUGCAGGACAUGAUACUGGAGCAUUUCCGAGGCCAUUGGAUGGUGAUGUUGAGCCCAAGUCUUUUGCCGAGUUGUACCCGAUGAAUUGUCGUUCUAGAGUCUUACGACUGACGACAAGCGCCAUACCAAAUUCUCAGUCCCUGGCAUCUCGGUGGCAUUUGCCUUUAGGGGCUGUUGUGUGUCCUUUGGCAGAAGCAUCAACUGGGGAGGAAGUUCCAGUAGUGAAUUUUGCCGCGACGGGCCUUAUUCGUUGUAGGAGGUGCCGCACUUAUGUGAAUCCAUAUGUCACGUUCGUGAACAAUGGAAGCAAGUGGAAAUGCAAUAUUUGCACACUGCCCAAUGAUGUCCCAGGAGAAUAUUUUUCGCACUUGGAUGCUACUGGUAGAAGAGUUGAUUUGGAUCAGAGGCCUGAACUAACUAAGGGUAGUGUUGAAUAUAUCGCUCCGGCUGAGUACAUGGUCCGCCCACCAAUGCCACCUCUGUAUUUUUUUCUAAUUGACGUAUCGAUAUCUGCAAUCCAAAACGGAAUGCUAGAGGUUAUGGCACAAACUAUUAAGUCUUGUUUAGACACUUUGCCUGGUUAUCCUCGAACACAGAUUGGUUUCAUUACUUUUGAUAGCAAUAUACAUUUCUAUAACAUGAAGUCGUCAUUGACACAGCCUCAGAUGAUGGUUGUCUCAGAUUUGGAUGAUAUAUUUGUUCCAUUGCCCGAUGAUCUUCUAGUGAACCUGUCAGAAUCUAGAAGUGUGAUAGAGGCAUUCCUUGAUAAUUUGCCAUCCAUGUUCCAGGACAACAUGAAUGUUGAAUCUGCAUUCGGUCCUGCUCUUAAAGCUGUAUUCAUGAUUAUGCGCCAACUUGGUGGUAAAUUGUUGAUUUUCCAGAGUUCUCUGCCAUCACUUGGUGUUGGGCGCCUGAGGUUGCGUGGGGAUGAUAUUCGUGUCUAUGGGACAGAUAAGGAGCAUACUCUACGUGUACCGGAGGAUACAUUUUAUAAACAGAUGGCCGCUGAUUUUACCAAGUAUCAGAUUGCUGUAAAUCUUUAUGCUUUCAGCGAUAAGUACAUAGAUAUAGCAUCAUUAGGCACGCUGGCAAAAUAUACUGGUGGUCAGGUGUAUUAUUAUCCAAGUUUUCAGGCAAGUAUUCACAGAGAUAAAUUGAGACAUGAACUAGCCAGAGAUCUCACUAGAGAGACUGCAUGGGAAGCUGUCAUGCGGAUAAGAUGUGGCAAAGGUGUCCGUUUCACAACUUAUCAUGGUAACUUUAUGCUCAGAUCCACCGAUCUACUUGCACUGCCUGCUGUUGACUGUGAUAAAGCUUAUGCUGCACAGCUGUCUCUUGAAGAGACACUCUUGGCCACUCAGACCGUGUACUUCCAAGUUGCACUUCUAUACACAUCAUCUUCCGGAGAAAGGCGUAUUAGGGUGCACACUGCAGCGGCUCCAGUUGUGGCAGAUCUUGGAGAAAUGUACCGCUUGGCCGACACUGGAGCAAUUAUUUCUGUACUCUCCCGGCUGGCGAUUGAAAAAACCCUUUCCUCCAAGCUGGAAGACGCCCGAAAUGCUGUUCAGCUACGUAUUGUCAAAGCCCUCAGAGAAUACAGAAAUCUUUUCGGCGUCCAGCAUCGCUUGAGUGGAAGGAUGAUUUACCCCGAGUCGCUAAAAUUUUUACCCUUGUACGGAUUAGCAUUAUGUAAAUCGACACCCCUCCGUGGUGAGUUCUCGGAUGUCCACCUCAGCGAAAGGUGUGCGUCUGCUUUCACCAUGAUGGCAUUACCCGUUAAGAAUCUGCUCAAGCUUCUUUAUCCGGACCUGGUUCGACUGGAUGACUGUCUUUUGAAAGAUGAAGAAUAUGACAUCUCAAAGAGGCUACCACUUACUGCAGAGAGCUUAGACACUAGAGGUCUGUACAUCUUUGAUGAUGGUUUGCAGUUUGUGAUUUGGUUCGGGAGGUCGAUUUCGCCUGAUAUAGCUAGGAACUUGCUCGGGGAAGAUUUGGCAGCAGAUCAUUCAAAUGUUAGCCUUAAGCCGCGAGACAAUGAAAUGUCCAGAAAACUGAUGAAGAUACUUGACGAAAUUCGGGAGGGCGACAAAUCAUAUUAUCAGUUAGUUCAUCUCGUGAGGCAAGGUGAACAGCCGAGAGAAAGUUUCUUCCUUCUGACGAAUCUCGUGGAGGAUCAGGUCGGUGGUGCAAACGGCUAUGGUGAUUGGAUGUUGCUCUUACAUCGCCAAGUCCAAUAA